UUGUGAAGUACUUCCGAUUAGUAUUACGCGAGUCAUACGAAGGUUGAGUGUGCGCGUGCGAGUGUCGUGACUGUACGAGCGAGAGAGAGAUAAUUCACAAUACUUUUUUGAGUGAAUACGGUGUAUAAGAGUAGAAGUCGUUCGAACCUCUCCUUCUUUCGCAUCGCACUGCUAUUGCGGGUGUCGUUGAUAUCUGAAAGUGAAUUAAUAACAGUUCUCUAUUGUGAGGAAUAACUUAUACCUACUGUGGAAAAUACUUACCUAUUAUUUAGAACAAUUGAUACUCGUUCGGGAUUAGAUCCUGGUGGAGCGAGUAUACCCACUCGGUUCCCGUGACGUCGGUACCUGCAACAAAAGAAGAAAAGAUUAUCAAUCAGAGGAAUCCUUCUUGGCGGUGAAAUCAAGUAGCAACCAUAUAACGAGUGUUUAUUAUUUAUAAUCAGUAAUUAUUAUUUAUAAUGUGAUUCGGUCACAACAUUAGCUUAGAAAAACACAAAUUUAAAUAAUUUAAAUUUUUCAUUCCAAAAAAUAUAAAACAAAUUUACAUCUUUCAGUAUAUAUUGCAAGUCAACAGUAUUACUGGCAAAUCUACUUUUGUGCCUAUGGUUGACCUUUUUCCAUUUCGCUCCCAUUAUCUAAAAAACCUGUUAUAUUAGUUUUUAUUGUUUUUAGCUUAUUUAGACAUAUAGAAAGAAAAUAUUUCUUUAUUCUUGCCAUAUUAAAUAAAUUUUGUCAUCCUACUGCUAGAAUAAUUGCAUCUUAUUAUUAGAGAGGUUCACAUAUAUAGAAAGAGGGACGCACACAAAAAAUAAUAAACUGAUUUUUACCAGCCAAAACUUUUAUCACUUAUUUCUAAAUCUAAAGAAGAAUUUAUAACAGAAUACAAAAACUAUGAAAAAACGAGAUAAAAAACUUUAUCUACAAGCUCUAAAUGAACUCGAAAAGGUAGUAUCAGAAGAUAAUAUUGAUAGAUUAACAGAAUUAAGCAAUUUAAUUGACAAUAUAAGUAAUGCAGAUGCAGAAGAUCAAAUAACUUUGAGAAAUUAUUAUGAUAAUGCCAGCCACCCUCUUAGAAGCACUAAUUUAAUUAUCUUAGCCUCUAAACAUAAUAAAGUAAAAAUUUUAGAGUACCUAUUUAAUAGUGAUAGUAGAAUUUUAAAUAAUCUGUUUGUUAUUGGAAGAAACACUAUAUUACCAGAUGAUAAAGAUGAAACAUGCCAUAAUGCGUUUUAUUAUGCUAUACGUUCAUGCAAUGUUGAGCUUCUUGAUACACUUAUUAAUAAAUGGCCAGGUAAAUAUUUUGCUGUUCAUUUAGGAAAAUUGGAUGAAAUCCUUUCAAGAGCUUAUGAAGAAUUAAAGUUAAAAGAUGUACCAUUGUCAGACGAAAUAGAAAUUUUUGUUCAAAGUAAGUUAGUAAACCUCCGUUUUUUCUCUAAUAUUUCUCGACAAGAUCAGAAUGUAAAGAGUUGUCUUGAUGAUGAUAAGAAUUGUCUUAAUAAUAUCAAAGAACGAAUUGAAUUAACACUUAAAAACAUUAAUAUGCUAAAGAAAGAUUAUUCAAACACGGAAAAAGUAGAUAAAAAGUUCUUAUUUGUAGCAAAAUUUAUCGCAAAAAAUAUUCAUAUAUUAAAGCGGCAGUUGAAAUCAACCUAUGAUAGAUUACCUUGGGAAGAAAUGGAGUUUUGUUUAAUCAGUUUUGUUUUCUCUCACACAAAACAAGAAGAAAUUAAUCUAUUUUAUAAUGCUACAUUGAAUAAAAGCAAAAUAUUAAAUUACUUAAAAAACUUUGCAGAAAAACUUGAAAAAGAAAAAAAAAAUGAAAAAGAAAGUGUGAACAUUAAUAAGCUUCCAAACUUAACACGCGAGGAAGUUGUUGCAAAGAUUAUUAGCAAAGAUCCUCAAUUUGAAGAAUUGUAUAACGAUUAUCAACAAAUUAAGGAUAUUUAUUCUUUAAUGAAAAUAAGUAAUUAUAUAAAGUUAGCGUUAUCGGCUGAUUCUAAAGAGAGGAAAGGACAGUUAAUCAUUACAAGAGUUUUACAGGUUAUCGGUGAGCAUUUAAAAAACACUUUAGAAUCCCCUAAGUUAUCUGAUACUACAAUAAGUGAGCUUUUGCUAUUAUGGUUACCAAAAGAUACAAGAAAAAUAAUUAUGGGUUUACGUAAUUCACUAUCACAUGCUCAUUCACUCUCCACGAGAACAGAAAAUGAGAAAAAUACAGAUGUUAAUUUUUUUGCUGGUGUUCAAAAUGAUAUUAAAAAAAUUGAUAAUGUAAUUACUGAUUUUCUUUUCAAUAAAAAAAGAAAAACAAUCAGAAUGCUGCUAAAAAGAAUUGCUGAAGCUAAAAAGAAUAGUCAAAGCUUAGGUGAGAUGAAAGAAAUUGCUAAAAUAUUUAGUAAUGUUAAAUUGGAUGAAAUGAUAUCGACAGAUUUUAAAAUGAUGGAACACGAGAAGUUGGAGAAACUCAUUGAAGAAUUAAGCGAUAAUAUAACUGACAAGACGGAUUAUGAAAAAGAGCUGUUUAAUAAAAUUAAUAAAAUAAUUAAUUGUGCAGAAACUCAAUCAGAAAAUAUCAAAACUAAUUACAUCAGAGAAUUUCUAUUAUUAAGACACUUAAUUAGCCUGAGUGACACACGUAAGAAUAACCGCAACGUUAUUAAUAAAAUGAAAUUUAUUGCUAAUAAAGCAUUAGAAAAAAUGACUCUAAAAAUAAAGCCUCAUAGUCAUGAAGAAAUUGCUGAGUUGCCAAUGAAAAUUUUUUAUAGUGUAAAAUCAAGAAUACAACAUGACAAUCUUGAUAAAUUAAACGCAUUAAUUUACGAAAUUCUCGUUUAUAUUUCUGAAUUUGGAACAAGUAACAUUAAAUGGAUUAAGAAAUUCUGGGAAAAGUUGAAUGAAAAAGGUUCGUUUAUUCCUACACAUAAACAAAGAAAAACAUCUAAUGUAGAAAAUGUAGAAAAUGUAGAAAAAUAUAAUAUCCAGUUUGCACUAAAGAUAUCUGAACUGGAAAAUAUUUUAAGCCAUAACGCAUUAAGUGGCCAAUUAAUUGAAAAAUUUCCUUUGUAUAAGCGUGAUAAAAAAUUGCAAGCAGUAGUAGAAAUGCUUGUUCUGGAUAUAAUGUCAAUUUUAAGUAGCUCAAAGCACUUGGAAAAUAAUCUACUUUUUUUAGACGAUAACGCUCCUUUAUUAAUUGGAAAAUGUUUACGUAAUCAUUUAGCACAUGAUAAUGCCUUAGCUAAUGUACUGUUAACUGAUCCUUCAAUAGCAGUUAUUUUGAACGCUAAAAAAUUUACUGAAGAAAAUAUAAGAAAGCAAAAAAAAAUUGGCAAGUUAGUAAGCAAUAAUUCUUUCAAGUUAACUGAGAAAUACAAUCAAGUCUUAGACACCAUUACUAAUCAGGAAAAAAUAUUUGCUGCUUUGAAAGAAGGAAAGCCAAACAACUUCAAGGAUUGUCUCGAAAAAGGUGCAGAUAUUAAUGCUAGAAUGCCAAAUAUUAAUUCAUGGACCACGUUACAUUUUGCUGCUAAAGGAUCCAGUCUUAAAGUUAUAAAAUUUAUUCUCGAUCAAAAUUUAAGCGUUAAUGUGAAAAAUAUUAAUGGUCAAAGCCCAUUGCAUAUUGCUACUGCGUACGGAAGAAAAAAUAUUGUAGAAUUUUUUUUAAAAGCAGGUUCACAUGUUGAUGAUUUAGAUAAUAGUCGCAAAACGCCACUACAUGUCGCUGCUCAAAAAGGUCACAAGGAUAUUGUUGAAGUUUUAUUAAAAAAUAAAGCUAAUAUUAUUGCUCAAGAUGAAAUUGGUUUUUCACCUUUACACCAUGCAAUAGUAAAUAAUCAUAUUGAUAUUGCUAAGAUUCUAUAUGUAAACGUUGAUAUUAAUGAAACUAUAGAUUGGUACCUUACCCCGUUGCACCUAUCUGCAAGCAGAGGUCAUCUAGAGUUAGUUAAUUUCUUUCUUCAAAAUAAUGCAGAUGUAAACGUUAGAGAUGAUGAAGAUUGCACACCGUUACAUUUAGCCGCAUUAAAUGGCCAUUUAGAAGUAGUAUGUGCUUUAAUCCGAAACAGAGCUGAUGUUAACGCUAGAAGCAUAAGUGGUUUUACACCUUUGCACUAUGCAGCAAAAAAUGGGCACGAAAAAAUAGUUAAAACUCUACUGCAACGUAACGCCAACUUUAAUAUUGCCGCAAUGUUGCAAAAUCUUCUAAUAGAAAAUAAAGCUGAGGUUGAUGCAAUAACUGAUAUCGAUAGUACACCGUUGCAUCUAGCUGCUCUGGACGGCCACAAAGACAUUGUUAAUCUUGUAAUAAAAAGUAAAAAAGCUAAGGUUGAUGCAAUAACUAAUGACGGUAGUACACCGUUGCAUCUAGCUGCUCUGAACGGCCACAAAGACAUUGUUAAUCUUUUAGCUGAGUCCGAAGUCGCCGCCUUGAAUCGUCGUAUUCAACUCCUGAAGGAAGACCUCAAGAGAUCCGAGGAGCGCCUUGCCACUGCCACUGCCAAAUUGACGGAGGCAUCGCAAGCUGCCGAUGAGAGCGAACGUUAUCAAAAUAAAAAUACGAAAGCUGCUCUGGAAGGCCACAAAAACAUUAUUGAUCUUCUAAUAGACAAAGAAGCUGAGGUUGAUGCAAUAACUAAUGACGGCAUUACAUCAUUGAAUAUAGCUGCUGUGGAAGGCCACAAAGGCAUUGUUGAUCUUCUAAUAAAAAGUAAAAAAGCUAAGGUUGAUGCAAAAACUAAUAACGGUAAUACACCGUUACAUCUAGCUGCUGCGAAAGGUCACAAAGACAUUGUUGAUCUUCUAAUAAAAAAUCAAGCUAAGGUUAAUGCAACAGCUAAAGACGAUGGUACACCGUUACAUACAGCCGUGACAGCAGGUCAUAAAGAAAUCGUUGAGAUUCUGGUAGCAAAUGGAGCCAAUGUUAAUAUCAGAACUAAUAACAACAUGACACCAUUGCUUUCUGCUAUAAAAUAUAAUCACAAAGAAAUCGUUAAAUUCCUUAUAUCAUAUGAAGUUAAAGUUAAUGAAGAAGCCAUUGAACUUUUGUCACCAGCAGUUCUUGCUGGAUACACAGAUAUUGUAGAAAUUUUGCUAGACCACAAAGUCGAUGUUAAUAUAAAAAAUUCUGAAAAUGUUGCACCACUACACUUGGCUGCUGCUAAAGGUCAUAAGAAUGUAAUAAAAGUUCUGUUAAAAAAAGGAGCUACAGUUGAUGCUACAACUGUUAAUAAUCUAACACCAUUAUGUUUUGCAGCACAGGCGGGGUAUGAAGAAAUUGUUGAGAUUUUAAUAGCACAUGGAGCUAACUUUAAUUUUAAAUCUUACAAAAAUCUUACACCAUUACAUAUAGCUGCAACCCAUGGUCAUGGUAAUGUUGUAAAAGUUUUACUUGAUAAUAAAGCAAAUAUUAAUGUUAAGGAUAAUGAGAAUAGAACACCUCUAGAAUUAGCAGUGGCACAUGGUCAUUUAGAAGUGGUUAAAAUGUUACUACUGCAGGACUACGAAAAAAUAGAUACAAAUGCUAAAGGUAACAAUGAUUGGACGAUAUUGCAUUAUGCUUUAGUGCAAGAAAAUAAUUUAGGGAUGGUAAAAUAUCUAGUAGAUGAUAAGGGAUCUAAUGUUAAUGCUAUAAAUGCCUUCGGUUCAAAACCUAUACACAUUGCAAUAAAAAAAGGUUGUAAAGAUACUGUAGAGUUUUUCCUUAGUAAGGGAUUAAGUAUUAAUGAACUUGAUGCAGAUAAUUGGACAUUACUACACUAUGCAGCAUCGAUAGGUCAAUUAGAAGUUGUGAAGUAUUUGAUAACACAAGGCGCUGACAUUAACGCUAAAGAUACUAAUGGCUUAACUCCUAUGCAUAUUGCUGCUAAUCACGGUUAUGAAGAGAUUAUUAAAGUUUUAUUAAAAAAUGGAGCAGUUUAUAACGCUGUUGACAAGUUUCAUAUAAUACCGUUACAAAUGUCUGAGGAUAAAAACGUUAUCAAUUUAUUAGAAUUAACUGAGAAAUUGUUUGAGGCUGUAAAACGUAAUGACUCUUCAGAAGUCAAGAAUUACAUUGAAGCGGGGACUGUCGUUAACGCCAGAGAUGCUAAUGGAUUUACCCCUCUACAUUAUGCUGCUAAGUUCUGUCGCUUAGAAAUUGUAAAGCUUCUAUUGUCUAAUGGUGCAGUAUAUAAUGCAGUUUCUGCUGAUAAUAAAACACCGUCAGAUUUUAGUGUAGAUGAAAGUAUCACUAGCUUAUUUAAACUACUAGAUGACUCAUUUAAAAACAUUAAAAAUGAUGAUUCUCAAGUUAUUAAUGAUCUUAACAAGAUAAAGGAUAUUGAUACAGUAAAAGCAAUGAUGAAUGCUCGUAAUGAAGAAAACAAAACGUUAGUAGUUGCUGCGGUGCAUAGUAACUAUUCAAAAAUCGAACAGUUAAAAGAGGUAUCACAAGAUGGUGUAUCCGAUCAGAUUAAUGAAGGUUUACUGCUUUAUAAUCAAGGCGAUUAUAAAAGGGCUUUAUGUAUUUUCGAAAGCGCAUAUGAAAAAAGAAAAGAAAUUCUAGGGUCAGAUAAUCCUGGCACUUUAAAUAUUCAGACACACAUAAAGAACAAAGAAAUUUUUCAGAAACAGAAAGAAAUACUGGGUUUAAAUGACAAGAAUACUUUAAGUACAAAAAGUGAAAUUGCUUUAGUGCUGUGUACGAUAGGAAGGAAAGAAGAAGCUUUUAAUAUUUAUCAAGAAGUUUAUUCAAAGCAAAAAGAAAUAUUAGGGCCAAAUCAUUUAGAUACUUUAGAGACUUACUUUCACAUGGCAAUGGUAUUAGAGGAACAAGGCAAACACGAAGAAGCGUUAAAUAUUUAUAGAAGAGUUUUUGAAAAAAGAAAAGAAUUAUUAAGUGCAAAUAACCCAACAGUUCUGGAUGUUCAAAAUAAUAUAGCGGUGGUACUGGUUAACCAGGGUAAGUAUGAAGAGGCAUUGAAAAUUUAUGAAGAAGUUUGUGUUUUCGAGAAAAAGAAAGUGGUUUUAGGUAUUGAUCAUGUGAGCACGUUAAGUAACAUUGCUCAAAUAUUCGUCAAACAAAAAAAAUUUCAUGAAACCAUGGAAACCUUUCAAAACGUUUGGAAUAUACAGAAAAAUGUGUUAGGAGCAAAUAACCCUAAUACUCUGUUUACUCAAUACCACAUGGCAAAUGUACUUAUUUCUCAAGGUAAAUUGGUUAAUGCCCGUAAAGCCUACCGAGAAUGUUUUGAUCAAAUCAAAGCUGUUCUUGGACCAAGUCAUCCCACUGUUUUGCAUAUUUUAGAAAAUAUAAAAGAGAUUAAUUAUACAUUUAAGCUCAUUGGAGGCUGCGAACCGUGAGAUAUUCUACGCCAAUGAUAAAGAGCUGACGCCAAUGAUAAAGAACUGAUGCCAAUGAUAAAGACAUUGAUGUAAGAACACCGUUACACUACGCUGUUAGUAAUGGACAAGCAAGUGUUGUGAACAUCUUACUAAAUAAAACGUAAAAAAUAAAAUUGUAAUUGAUAUUAUACGAAUAAAUUUUUUAAUUUUAUCCAGUCAUAUAGAAAAAUACUGUGGGCCUUCUCACCUCGCCAAGGUCGUACCUAUGAGGAAGGAAGUACUUUACUCUGUAAUAUAAAAGCAGACAAUAUCAAAUUAAAUUAUAUAAAAAUUAUGCAAAUUAGAAAUUUGCACUUG